AUGAAGAUGAAGCUGGAUGUGCUUCUCCCGGUGCUGCUGUGUGCCGUCCUCAUCCCGCCGGCGUCCUCCACCCCCCACCACGACUCAGAUGAUUCAAAGCUUCUCCACGUGACCAUCCCCUCCACCCCCCCCGUGCUGGCCGUGCUGGGCGGCUCUCUGACGCUGCCCUGCCUGGUGUCCCUGGCCCACCCUCCGCCGUCCCCCUCCACCAACGGCCGCCACGCGGUGCUCUCUCUGCCCCGGGUGAAAUGGAGUGUGCUGACCCACGGGCGGGAGACGGAGAUCCUGGUGGCCCGUGGGGACCGGGUGAGGGUCAGCGAGGCCUACAGAGACCGGGCCUCGCUGCUCCACUACGCCUCCUCCCCCGCCGACCUCACCCUGCGGCUGGAGAGCCUGAGGCAGAAUGACACGGGCUUCUACCGCUGUGAGGUCACACAGGGCCUGGAGGACGCUGACGACGUGGCUCACGUCAAGGUCAAAGGGGUAGUGUUCCAUUAUCGCGAAGCCUCCAGUCGCUACGCCUUCACCUUCCAGCUCGCCAAAGAGGCCUGUGGGGGGAUUGGAGCUGAGAUGGCCACGCCGGAGCAGCUCCUGGCCGCCUACCACAGCGGCUACGAGCAGUGUGACGCAGGCUGGCUCUCAGACGGCUCAGUGAGAUAUCCCAUCCAGCUGCCCAGAGAGGGCUGCUUCGGGGACAUGGACGGACUUCCAGGAGUGAGGAGCUAUGGCCUGGUCGAGCCGGAUGAGCUGUAUGACACCUACUGCUAUGUGGAGAACACUGAGGGUGAGGUGAUCCAUGGCUCCGCCCCCCAGCGCUUUACCUUCCGGGAGGCCAAGGCCUACUGCCUGAGUCAGGGGGCGGAGCUCGCCGCGACAGCUCAGCUCUAUGCAGCCUGGAACGAUGGACUGAACCACUGCAGUCCGGGGUGGCUGGCAGACAGCAGCGUGCGCUACCCCAUCGUGACCCCUAGAGAGCGCUGUGGAGGUGGUGAACCCGGGGUCAGAACCGUCUACCGCUACAGCAACCAGACAGGCUUCCCCGAGGAGCACACCCGACACGAUGUCUACUGCUUCAGAAGUAAGAGAGCGAGCUGCUUCCCUCAGAUCUGCUGCUCCAUGAACCAGUGGCUCCCAGUCUGGAGAUGGGACACGGGCCCUUAUACUGAAUCUACUCAGGAUUUCAUGGCUACUGAGCCAGAAGACAUUGAUUUCUUAACGAACCGGGUUCAGGAGCCGGUGACUCUUGAUGUGACAGUCGAGGUGAACGAGGAGCUGCAGCAUGUCCACACGGUCAGGUCUGUCAAACAUGUCCCUGAGGAGGCUCUGUCUCAAACCCUGUGUUACGACAAGGAGCCGCUGCUCCCUGUCGACCUUCAUCCGUCCUUCACCCCCCAGCCUGAGCUCCAGCAGCCCGCUCCCACAGAAGAGCCCGUCGAGAAGGUCGGCUACCCAGAGUCCUAUCACCCAGCACCUGACCAGCACCCACAGACUCAUCAUGAAGACCCUCAUGCUUCUUCAAGUGCUGUCGGCACAGUGACCACUGAUGAAGACUCCACUGUCCCCACAGCUGAGGGGACGGAGUCAGGGAGCAGAGAGCCCUCAGAGACUCGUCCUCCAGAGAACAACCAAGAGAAUCAAACCCUGGAAACACAAAGUGCUACUGCAACAUCUGGAGCGGUCGCAAAGGAGCUGCUCAGCAGCUCAACAGCUGUGCACCAGGAGAGGGAGCGUCCCACUUCCCAGGAGGACCACACUCCAUAUGUCCACUUGGAACAUGUCUCUGGAGCUGAGCUGGUCCACUCGAGUCCCUCUUACGUAGUUUCUGUGCCACCAGAAGAGACGAGCCCCGGUACCGAUGAGGAGGAAUCAGAGGUGACGCUCCACACUGAGGAAACAGAAGGUCACUCCACUGCACCACCUGUGACGCAGCGUGGAGACGAGAGGCUUCCUCUGGAGGAGGAGACACGAGACCCAGUGACCCACAUGGACACCUCCACCCUGUCUGAACUGGGGCCUACGACUGGUUCAGGUUCUGAUCCUCCUGAAGAACCCUCAGCUGUAACGAUGGAGUCGUCCACCGACCGAGUGGACGAGGGAUCGUCUUCAGAGGAGGCCGAUCCGGUCGAUCAGAGUGGACACGUCCAUCCCACUGAACUCCCAACAGAGGAAGUCAUCCCAGUCACAGAAGACUCCACUGAUGCUCCUGCAUCAUGUACUUGUUCCCACGAUCCCGUCGCUCUGUUCACGUCCGGAACCCCCGCCCCCCCGUCGGUGGAGUCCAGCUCCCCAGAGGUUAUCACCUUCAUACCUGAGAGCAACGCUUCCUCUGGGGCUGAACCUCUGGAGGACAUCCAGGAACAUGGUGAGCUGCAGGAUGUACAAGAAAGCCAGGAAGUGUUUCUCAGCACAUUGCAAAGCACCACAGACAGUGAGCCGGUGGGGGGGGGGGGAGACGAGACAGAGGGGUCAGGUGAAUCAUCGGGAGGAAACCAGGAGAUGAGACCAGAACGUCUGGUGACCAACCCGACCGCCACAACAGACCAGGCCCCUGAGGGAACCGAGGGAACUGAGGGAACUGAGGCGCCUGCUCGUCCAGAUGUGAGAGGCACACGGAUCCCUCAUCUGACCCUGACGCCCGGCUGGGAGCCAGAGGCCUCCUCCUCCUCCUCCUCCUCCUUAUCCGAGUCUCUCUCCGACAGAGAAUACAGCGCUGAGGACAUCGAUGAGGUCACAGAAGGGGUCAACACAGGCAGAGUCACCGCAGACGGUGGACUGGAGGCAGGUGAGAGAGAGACCGGCACAGCAGAGUCCUCUGUGGAGAUAUUCACCUGGCGUCCAGCUGAGGACGAGGACAACUCGACUCUCAGCACCGACGCUCGUGAUGUGACCGCUGCCGCCACCGGGAACCCAGAGGUUCACCAGGAGGAGCAGCAGGAGGCCGUGGGAGCAGGAGCUCCUGCUGUGAGAGCAGCAGCCGUCUCAGACUCCUGCCUGGAGAACCCUUGUUUAAAUGGAGGCACUUGUGUUGACGGUGAAUCGAGGAGGUGUCUCUGUCUUCCUGCCUACGGAGGAGAUCUGUGUCAGACAGACCUGGAGGAGUGUGAGCCGGGCUGGGAGAAGUUCCAGAGCUUCUGUUACCAGCACUUUACCAAGAGGCAGAGCUGGGAGGCGGCGGAGCAGCACUGUCGGAUGUGUGGUGGACACCUGAUCUCCCUCAUGACCCCCGAGGAGCAAGAAUACAUAAACGACAAGUACAGAGAAUACCAGUGGAUCGGCCUGAAUGACAGAACCAUCGAGGGAGACUUCCGCUGGUCGGACAGUAACCCCCUGCUCUAUGAGAACUGGUACCGAGGCCAGCCCGACAGCUACUUCCUGUCCGGAGAGGACUGUGCGGUGAUGGUGUGGCACGAUGGCGGCCAGUGGAGCGACGUGCCGUGCAACUACCACCUGUCCUACACCUGCAAGAAGGGAGUCUCCUCGUGUGGCGAGCCCCCGCAGGUUCCCCACGCGAAGGUGUUUGGGAAGAAGCGUUCGCGUUUCGAGACCAACACCAAGGUGCGGUACUACUGUGAGGAGGGUUUGGUUCAGAAGCUGAAUCCGGUGAUCAAGUGCCUGCCCGGCGGCCAGUGGGAGGAGCCUCUGAUCACCUGCUCGCCACCCCGCUCAGUGGAAGAAGACGAGGUCACAUCCCUACCUCACCAGCACCAGCAGGUCGUGGAGGUCGUGGGUGCAGCCACGGAGAAAUCAGCGCCGUGGUUUUUUGGACAUUAA